AUGGUGUCAGUCAAGGACAAGACAGUUAUACGCAGUUUGUUGUGUGGACCCAAUUUGACCUACUCCUCUACACAAGUUUGUGGUCUUAAGGGGGCAUCAGUGCUCCUGCCCUGCAGAUAUGAGUAUCCAUGGAAAGGUCGUGGAGACACGUAUCUGGGAGGAGAGUGGUAUGAAGAGAAGAGUGGUAGAGUCAUAAAACACAGUCACUCUAAUUAUCCUGACUGCAGCCUGAACAUAGACAAACUUUCAGAUGGAGACUCUGGUGUUUAUCACUUUCGGUUUUAUACAGUCCUACACACAGGCUGGAUAACUGCCAGAUCUGGUGUCACACUCUCUGUGACAGACCUGCAGGUGAAGGAGAAUGCUGUUGUAGCUAAUCAGAAUCAGACUAAAGUGACCUGCAGCACCUCCUGCAGCUUGGGCUCUCAAUAUGUCUGGUACAAGAAUGGACAGCCUCUACAAGGGGAAACUACAGUAUCCAUACUACUACAGUCAACCAGACCCUCUGAAGCAGCUUAUUACUCCUGUGCUGUUACCAUGACGUCUGAAACAGUAACAGAAGGGGGAGAAGUGACACUGACCUGCAGCACCUGCACUCAGAGCAACAACCCCACCCUCAUCUGGUACAAGAACAACCAGCCUGUAUCAAACCAACACACAACCAGAGACAACAAGCUGCAUCUAAACCCAGUCAGCAGUGAGGAUGCAGGCAGUUACUCCUGUGCUGUAAAAGGAGAUGAGAGUCUCUCCUCAACCGCUGUCUUUCUCAAUGUCAGAUAUGUGCCAAAGAAUGUUUCAGUGUCCAUCAAAGCCUCUAGUAAAAUAGAGGAGGACAGUGUAGUGACUCUGACCUGCAGCAGUGAUGCCAACCCACCAGUGCACACCUACACCUGGUACAUGAAGAGUGGAGCUGAAUCUCUUGCUAGGGGCACAGGGGAGAGUAUCAGCUUCAAUCUGACCUCUGAUACCAGUGGACCUUACCACUGUGAGGCACAGAAUGAAGUAGGCUCAACAAACUCCAGUCAAACUCCAGUCCAAAUUGUGACAGAAGAUGAUCACGUUGCUGCCAUGAUGUUCCAGGCUGGAAUCAUACUUUUUGUCAUUCUUACAAUCACACUGGUGUUUGCAACUCUGUGGUUGAGGAAAAAGAAGAAAAUGCAUUUGUCUUCAAGUCCAUAUCCCUUAGAGGCUGAUGCCAGUGAUGUCUAUGACAACGUCAUGCCAACGACAAUGACCUCUGACCCAGGGCAGAGAGUGGACUCUCAGGGGGAUGAAGACGAUGUCCAUUACGCCAGCAUCCAGUUCCAACCACGCACUAAAAAACAAAAGCCUCUCUACAGCAAUAGGAAAAGUGUUCAGCAGCUUAAACAAGAUGAGGAUAUUGUCUAUGCCUCUGUUCAACCAAGCCAAUCAAAUACUGCCACCUGGACUGACGGUGGUUUUCCAGUCUACAGCUCUGUCAACAAAGACAAAGUCAACAAAGUUGUUGGUGACUAAGCACAGUCACAACACGGGUGUGUGCCUAUGCAUCUAUUAAUAUCAGGACACACUGAAGCACCACAUUAUGUGUUGCUUUUUUCACUUUGCUAUUUCCUACAGUGAAUUUAUUGCAGCAAUCUGUAAGUGACAAGUGUAGAGAUGCUUUGUUAGUGCUUAACUGUUAAGCCAUGCUGAUUGUAAUGUUAGAUAUCAACCACAAUUCAUGACAUGAAGAAUGCAUGUACAGUAUAUACCCAAUUGCAUUGUUCUAA